UGCAAGCGAAAAAAGUAACGAAUUAGCAACGGGUUUUAGAAAUAUUCUAUGCAGAUAUUAUAAUGUUCAGUCGGCUAUUACAUAAUAAUCUAGGCCUAUUUGUGCUUUCAAACUUUAAGAGAAUAAGUAUUGUUAAAAUAAAAAGGAAAUGUUGCAAUUUAACGAUUUGAUUGGACUAAAAAUACAGUUUUAAGAUGAGACGCUCGGACAGACCUUAGGUUAUGCAUAAAGACUGAAUUCUGUUCAUUUUUCGUGAGUUUAUAAGGAACCGCGUGAGUAAUUGCAGUAUUAGCUGUAUUUUCUCAAUUUAUUUAUUACUUGAUUUAUUUCUGCAUGAUAGUACAGUAGAAGGCUUGAAGGCGAACGGGUUCAUUUGUAGUGAAGAGUUAUCAACAGCUUGGAAUGAUGGAAACGGUUAAGCUGGCCCCUCCCACUGAAGGCGAUAGGACGGCACUCCUCAGUCCCCGAUUAAUUUGCAUAUCAGGGCUAUAAAUAGUCCAAGUUCUGCCGGCGCCCUCGUCUGAGAAAGCCAAUUCGGAGUCCCAGGAAGAGGUCGAGUCUGCAUCAGGUCGUGUCCGGUUAAGGAAGGAUGUCCAGUCCUGCUAAAGUGCGAAAAGAGGGUGAAGACGCAGUGGAGGGAUUCGUCUUCGACGUAUCGCCCAGAAAGCUGUCUAAAAACAGUUCUGCGUUCUUCACCGCCGUUCUUCAGAGCGCCAGGCAGGAGUACCACAGAGUGGUCGUUUUCGCCAUGGAAAAGCAAGCCCUCUUCGUUCAAGCGGAAAAGAACGGCAACCCGGUGCGGCUGCGGAACGUCAGGCGAAGCUUGAGCUUCUCUGAUCCAGACGGCUUUGACGUACUGUGCUCUCGUGGGACCAGCGUCGAGGUGACCAGGCUGCCUUUUCUGCGGUGCGCGCCACCAAGCUGCAAAAGGAUGACUGUAGCGGAGGUGAAGGCCCUAGGUCCGAGGCAGAAGGUGAAGGAGGUCCGUGCAAAGGUUGCGCUGCAGGGCUCUGUGAGCAGAGUGGUCACGGUCAGCAACUCGGACUGUGAGCUGAAAGAGGUGCAGAUCUGCGACGGAACGGGGGAGAUAAAGCUGACGUUGUGGGACACCUUCGUCAACGCUGCCGAGGCCGGCGUCUCUUACGCCUUCAAGAACCUGUCUACGAGAGAGCGAGACGGGUGCCUUUGCCUCUGUACUGGUCCGUCCAGCAGUAUCGAGCAGAUCGCGGACUUGGAGGUGGCGGAGGGAGCAGCCAGCGCGGAAGAUGAAAAAUCAACGGCGCUUUUCAGCGCCACAAUAAAGGGCAUAGAAGUCACGAUACAACGUCGGUGUUCCGCCUGCCACUUCAAGCAGAAGGAGUUCGUGGAGAAGUCGAAGACGCACAGGUGCGAGGGCUGCAGGAUGAAGCAACAUUCGCUGUCUUUCUCCGCCAGCUUUGGCGGUAAAGCCACGGUCUCCACUGCGAGCGGCGAUGAAACGGUGCAGCUAUCCAGCUCGGCGCUCUCCACCUACCUGCGCGACGCCGGCCUCAGCAGCAUGUCAAACGACGCAGAGGCGAUCGAGGAUAAUUUUUUGCAGUCUCCGCCAGUUGACCUCAAAGUUAACGUGGACGGUUUCCUCCUGUCCAUCCAGCCAGCAGAGGCCGGGCGGGCUGUCGGCGCGGAAGAUCAGUGGGACACCGAUGCAGACGAAGGCCAGGCACAGCCAGCGGAGCAAGGUGGUUCAGUUGCUUGAAGACCGUUCAGAUUUCUGUUCCGUUAAAUUAAAUAUAUGGUUUGUCAAAUGCUUUUAUGUUCAGAAAACUGGUUGUUUGUUCUUAUUUAAUUUCCACGUUCUCUAAUUGUCUAUAAUUAAGUGUUCAAUAAAUAUUUCCUUUUUCAUCGAAUCCUUUUUGUACUGUCCACUUAUUUGAUUGAAAUCAAGGAUUUCACAUUGAUUAUUUAAGAAAUAUAUUCUACUAAAUAUGGUAUGUAAUGUCAAGGUGAUGAUAAAAAUAGAAAAUCAAUACGUGCUUACAUAUUGACUUGUAUGAAAGUAAUUUUAUGUAUAAUUAAUAAAUUCAAGUCCAUUUAAGUCAGUUUAAGUCUAUUAACUUAAAGUGAGUCGAAUAGGCAGGAUUAAGUAAUAUUAAGGUAUCGUUUAGACUUAGGUUUUUGUGCUGAAAUUAUUAAAAAUCCUUUUAAUGAAAUGAAAAUAGCUUAUGUUGUAAGGUCAGGCGGUUUCAACUAGGUCCGCUGCAAGGCCGAGGAGUCAGUGCUAGUAGCAAUUAAAUUUCAGGUCCGUUUUCUCUUCAAUUUUCACAUUUCUGUAGUUUUCGUUGCAAUGUUGUUUCGUAGAAAUGUAAUAUAUAACGAAAUCAUUUUUAUUGAGUGGAAAUCGGUAUAGGUUAUACGCUAGGAAAGAGCUUAGGCUGAUUUUGUCUUUUUUUUUGGGGGGGGGGGCAAGGUUAUUGCAUAAGUUAGGUUUUACUUUUUUUAUGUUUAUUUUUUUCUUCCUUUUUUGUACUAGCUAAUGCAAGCAGCUUAAUUUACAGCUUGGCAUUGUCGAAAUGUUGUGCUUGCUGUUUGGUCCGCCUGAAACGAUGCACAGCCAGAAGAGCAGCUAACGGAGCAAGGCGAUGCAGAGAGAGCAGUCGACUAGUCCCGCGAUGGUUUAGUGGUUUGAAUAAUUUUCCUCUCACUUCAGAUUAAUUAAGAAGACAAUUGUGUGCCAAAGGCAUUUUUGUUGCAGUAGCUAUAGCUGAUUUUUUUCUGUCUUUACUUCAGUUUUCAGGAUUGUGGUCAAUAAUUGUUUCAUUGGCCAUUUCUAUUGUUUGCUUAUUUUACUGAAAAAAAAAAAAAAAAACUGAGCAAUUGGCAACGGGAUGAUGCCUACUUUAUAACACGUCUAAAUUCAGCAGUUUCGUGUUCUCUAAGAUUUUAGUCGAUUUUUAAAUCCUUUAAUAUCAUUUAAUAUGGAAUGAUUAGUACCAAGAAUUAGAUUAUGCAUAAGUAAUCUUAACGCAAAAACAGUAGUAAAGUUCAAAAGUACAUAUGUUGUACACAUCUUUAGUCUGUCAUUUAGUUUGUGUUAUAAUGUAAUUUUACAGAUUUAUAAUAAUCUGUAAAAUGUUUAAAUUUAAAACACUUUCGAUUAUUGUCUGCAUGUGCAAAUCGAGUUCUGCUUUUUUUUUACCUUCUUCAUAAGGUAAAUCAGUAGUAUAACUUGUCUUAAAUUUGAAGUUGCAAAUUAUUACAAAGGUGUAACACUACAUGAAAAUAAACAAAAUGUCAGACAAUUUUUUUUUUGUAGCCCAUACAACAUAGGCAUAUAUAGGCUACUUUUGAACUUUACUUUGGUUUUUACCUUAAAAAACUUAUACAUAAGCUAAUUGUCUAUAUAAAUGAUUCCAUUUUAAAUUAUGUAUUAAACAAACUUAAAAAAUCAAAUUAAAUCUUAGAGAACACGAGACUGCUAAAAUUUGAAGUCUUGUACUAAUAUAAAAGUAGCUUAUAGCCUGCAUCAUCCCUUUGCUUGUCGAUCAAGGUUUUAUUUUUAUUUUUUAUAUAUAUAUUUUUUUUAUAUACACACUAGGCGUAUACCAUUUCUUUAAUCGUUUAUUUUAGUAAAAUAAGCAGACAAUAUAAAUAGGAUUAGGCUUAUGAAAUAUUUAUUGACCAUAGCUACAUUUUACAGAAAUGAAGAAAACUGAAGUUAAAGCAGAAAAAAAAUAUAAAAUAUACAUAUUGAUGUGGCAAUAUGUUGUGGUAAGUAUAAUUAUGAAUUCAUUGUUAAGUGUGUUAAUAUGAUAAACGUUGCUAUAGGCUAUAGUCCUGUGCAAGCAGGAUUAGUAUGUAUUGAUUACUAUAACCACUAGGGGAGCUGUAACGUGCUUGCAGACAACACGUGUCUCAUUAGCAGGAAGCCAUUUUGCUCCUAUCUCGAAACGAAGACUCUCAGAACUCAUCUAAGAUGCCACGUGGAAAGGGUUUCCGCCGGUCCCAGGCGGCCAAGAGGAGGAAUGCUGAGCGUUACACACUCGGUUCCUUCAUGGAUGUCAUUGAGGUUAUGCCUCCUUUAAAACAAAAGGCUGCUCCCCACAGCUCUGACAAACAGAGCCAUGAGAACGCUGACAGAGAGAAUGCCGACAGAGAGAACGCUCACAGAGAAAACUGUUUGAAUUGCCGUAAGGCUCCUGAAAAUGUUCCAAACUCUAUCACAAAUGUUCCAAAGUUUGCUACAAGUGUUGCCAAAAGUGUUCCAAAGUCUACCAAAAGUGUUCCAAAGUCUGCCACAAGUGUUACUAAAAGUGUUCCAAAGUCUGCCACAA